UCGUGCUCUUCCUGACAAAGUUGUCAUCUAAAGACUCCUGGAACUUUGCCAACACGACAUGAGAUGACAUAAAAGUGAAGCAGAGAAUGCUGCUGAUUUUAAAUUUCUCUGUAGCCGGCUAAGACAAUAAUACAGAAGAAACAAUCCUCACAGAUAUGCUGCUGCUGUUCGUGGCGCUGCCCCUGCUGGUGCACUCGGCUCCGGUCACUACAGACUUCCUGCCACUGGACUGUGAGGACAUUUACAAUAACGGCUCCAUCCACAAUGGAGUGUACACCAUCUACCCUGCUGGGUCUGCAGGUGGUAAACCUGUGCAGGUGUACUGUGAUAUGGGCUGUAAUGAAGAUGAGAGCCACGGGAAGGAAAGAUGGACUGUGAUUCAGAGGAGAUCUGAUGGCAGUGUGAAUUUCUAUAAGCCAUGGGUGGAGUACAAGAAUGGCUUUGGGAAUGCAGACGGAGAAUACUGGUUGGGUCUGGAGAACAUCUUUCUAAUGACCUACAGGGAGAGGUAUCAGCUGAGAGUGGACAUGGAGGAUUUUGACAAGGGCAGCGCCUACGCACAGUACAGCUCUUUCUACAUCGACCCAGAGUCCAGCAGUUAUGCACUGCACAUCAGCGACUUCAUCAACGGAGGAGCAGGAGAUCCUCUGAGCAGCCUGAAUGGCAAACCUUUUUCAACUUCUGACCAAAAUCCAUAUGGCAGCUGUGCAGACAGUUACUUGGGAGGGUUUUGGUACACCUGCUGGUGGAGUAAUGGCGUGGCCAACCCCAAUGGCCUGUACAAAUGGGAGAACGUGGCUACAACGUACUUAAGUGACGGGAUCCUGUGGACCAGCUGGAGAUAUUACUACUCUAUGAAGACCAUGGUGAUGAAGAUCCGACGAGUGACUGUAGAUGACAUUAAAUAAAUGUAGCAUGUCAUUGAUACCAAACUAAACAAAGGGCAAAUGUAUGUUUUUGUUCUGCAUAUUUCUGUGACGUAUUACUCUGAAUAACCUCUAUGAAUUAUUGUUUUAGUUUAUCAUGGUUUGUUUUAAUUGGUUCCUCUCUCUCUCUCUCUCUCUCUCUCUCUCUUCCUUCAUCAAGACAUCAAAGUCUAGUUAAAAUCAUGAUUUAUGAAAUUACAGAUUUUGGUCCCACAGACUUUAGAAAAAGCAGUCUGGGGUUUAUAAAACAGUUCACAUCUCAAAAUCAAUCCAAACAUAUUAGGACCACAAGGAAGACUAUGUUCAUGCCUGGUCCUGUUAUUUUUCAGAGUGCAGUGGGUCAGGGCUACAUGAUGUAAAAAAAAGAAAAAUAAUAAUAAAAAUCUGUUCAGUGUGA